AUGGCUUCGUCUCACGGGAGAAGCGACAUGCGGUUCGCAGACUGGAUGGCAAGUUUACCGCAGGGCAUGCACACCAUCCCGCUCACCAACCUGGCCAUUCCCGGGUCCCACGAUUCCUUCAGUUUCUACAUCGAUGAAGCAUCUCCGGUGGGUCCCGAGCAGCCAGAGACGGUGCAGAACUUUGUUUCGGUUUUUGGCACGGUGGCCAAGAAGCUGAUGAGGAAGUGGUUGGCCACGCAGACCAUGAACUUCACGAGCCAACUGGAGGCUGGAAUCCGCUUUUUUGACCUGCGCAUCUCCACCAAACCCCGUGACCCUGAUAACGAGCUGUUCUUCGCCCACGGGCUCUUCAGUGCCACGGUUCGAGAAGGCCUAGAGCAGAUCAGUAACUACUUGUCAUCUCAUGCCAGAGAAGUUGUGUUCUUGGAUUUCAACCACUUCUACGGUGUGCAGAACCUCCACCAUGAAAAACUGGUGGCCAUGUUGAAAGAGGUGUUUGGAGAGAAACUCUGCCCAGUGGUUUUCGCUCAGGAGGUGACUCUGCAGUAUCUGUGGGAGAAGGAGUACCAGGUGCUUGUCUUCUAUCAUCACCCCAUGGCACUGGAGGUGCCUUUCCUUUGGCCAGGCCAGAUGAUGCCCUCUCCCUGGGCCAACACCACUGACCCAGAGAAGCUAAUUCAGUUCCUUCAGGCAUCAGUGACUGACCGCAGGCAUGUUCGAACUUUCAUUUCCCUUCAGGUCUUGGGGCACAGGAGGAAAGGGACGUUUUUUGUCUCCCAGGUGGUUCUGACCCCGAAGGCCAGUACUGUGAUGAAGGGUGUGGCUAGUGGACUGAGGGAGACAAUCACAGAAAGGGCAUUACCGGCCAUGAUGCAGUGGAUCAGAUCGCAAAGACCCGGCGAGAGCGGCAUCAAUAUCAUCACAGCUGAUUUUGUGGAGCUUGGAGAAUUUAUCAGUGCCGUUAUCACCCUCAACUAUCAUUACCUGGAUGAUGAUGAUGACGAUGCCACCUGAUAGCCCACAGGGGGCACUGGAGAGUGCAGUCACUGCCACAAGUAGCAGUGGUUGGGUUUAUGCUCUCAACCUUUUCUCUUUGGCAUUUAUUUCAGGAGGGGAGCUGCAGUGCUCCUUUCACUUUAUUUAGGGCUAUAGUGAACUGAGAGAUCAGGGGAGAUGAGAAGAGGCAUCUAAAGGAAUGGUGGAACCAAUGGUGAUGUUCGGUUGGAGCUCAGUCAGAAUAGAAUUAAGUUUCCUAUUUUGGGGAUCAAAACCUUUCUGUUCUUCAAGCUUUUCGUUUUACUCCUUCUGCUGUAAAAACAAACUCAAUGCUUUUUUCACUGAUCAGAAUGUUCAAUUCUUCAUCAAGCAUAGGUUUCUCAGAGGAUAUCAGCCCUCUGCAGCAGUACUGGUAAUUCAGUCUUGUUAUUUAAGUGGUAGUGACAGUUUUUUAACACUAGAUUGUUUGAAAUAAAUCUCUGUAACUUAAAAUGUUGGCUGAUGUAAGUAGUUAGCUGUUGUCUGUCCUCUUAGGAAAAUCAGUCCAAGUGAAGUUCUCUUCUACCCUUUGCUCUUUUUUUUUCAAACAAUAUGCACCCUCAGUCAGAUCACUUUGGGUGUUAUUUUGAAAAGCACUUUGAUUGCGGAGUGUUGUAUCAGUGUGUUUGUUCUAUAUGUGCACCCAGGGGCGAGACAAAAGACGUUAACGUUGUCCACUGAAGUCAAGACAUUUAUCAGGCAGUUUCAUAUGAAACACUGGACUGAUUAAUUCAAACUGUUUAAUCACUGAUUCACGAGAGGCAGAAAGAGUGUGAGUGUCGCUUGGCUAGACAGAGAACCACAAUAAUGACAUUAUUUAGACAUGUAAAUUUUGUAUAUCUGCCCAAAACAAUAAUUUCCACAUUUCUAACAUACUACAAAUUUCAAAACAGGCACCAGCUCAGUGUUGAAAAACAGUAGCUGCGGCCGGUAACAUCUAGUGGUUAAGCAUUCAGCGUGAUAAAUUUACUGUAUUAUGUGUUGGGUGCGGAGUCGUGAUAGCCAAGUAUAAAAGAAAUCCAGGAUACCUGGGUAUGCGAGUGCAUCCACUGAAUAUCUGUCUUUCCUGUUCUGGUUGCUUGCCCCCUAUGUGUUCAUCUGUACGUGCUGCUGUAGUGCAGUACAUGUGAGUCAUCAUGAAAUGUUUCACCGUGCUGUGUCUCUCAUAAUGCCGGCUGGUGAAACUGCAUAACAGUGACUUAGCGACUAAAAACACUUCAAGUAAGAAAAGGGUUAAACGUCAUCGGUCAGGAGGUCUUGAUGUGACCAAAGUGCUUUGACAAUAAAUGUAAAGGUAAGAUCAAGCAGUAGCUUUUCGGUGUCUCAAUAAUUAGGUGUCUCCUGUUUUGGAAUCCCAGACUGCCUGCUGUCAGUGCCAUUUUAUUUUUCGCAUUUAUUUUUGUUGUGUUUCAUCCAAGAGAAAAAAAUUACACAUUGCAAGGUUUUUCAUAAUAUGCAUGAAAAAGAAUAUCAUACAGCCAAACAACAGGAUCAGUGUGGCAUUUUCUGUGAGGAAUGUAUUUUGCCACAGUGUUGUAGUGUCUGCUCCUCCAUGUGUUUUGCCAUUUCUGAAGGGCCCAUGUGAGUGACUGAAUUUCACUAUUGUGUGGCAUCAUGUCAAAAUGUUUUGUAUCGUGGACAGUUUCUACUUUCUGUAUUGCAAAUAGUCUAUUGCCAAUAAAUUGUAAAUUUGAAUUAUUGCUAACAGUAAACAUUUUCUUAUGACCUGUACCUUAAGUGAGCAACUGUACUGCUAUUAUAAUUUUCUACUUUUUUGCAUGACACUCUAUUACAUACACCUACUGAUGCACACCAGUGGGGUCCAUGAGGUUUGUGUAAACCAUUUGCUCCUUUUUUUCACAUUUCCCAAGAGCAUGCAUACAUCUUAACUGGAAUUGUUCCUUUCCUUUAAAAUGGUCUAAUCGAUUUAUUUUACAUGUUGCUUUGCUACAAAUUCCUAAAAUCACACAAUAUGACUUGAAAUAGCAAAUUGUGUUGUAAUAACAUUUAUGUCUUCCUUGGUCCAAGCUGUUGUCAUUGCCCCCUAUGUUCUGGUGUGAAAAGAGUCUUAUGCUGUAGUAAAAACUUUAAAAAAAAAUUCACUCCCAGAGAGUGAUUCUGUUCUAAGUGGAAAAUGGCCAAUCAAAUAAAGCUUCUAUGCCUACUGAGU